AUGUCAGUACUUACACCCCCUUCAACUUCAACUGAUUCUUCAAGACCUGGUUCUUUUGUGAUGCCAGUGGAACCCCCUACUAUACUUGAUCAAUCUCACCUCAGACCUGGUCAUAAAGCCUCCUUACUUUCUCAUACUCAAACUUUAGAACUAUAUCGUCAAAAUGCUAAAAAAACAAAUGAUCCUGAACUUCAGUUUGAAUUUGCUGCUUUUAUGAUAGAAGCUUCAAGAGCUAUGAACGAAGACCCUAAAAAAAGAGAAGAGUUAUGCAAAGAAGGAAUGUCCAUAUUAAAAAAACUUUCGGAUAGAGGACACGCAAACUCUCAAUAUUACUUAGCUGAUUGUUAUGCAAGCGCGAUUGGUACAUCAAAAAAUAAACCCGACCUUGACAAAGCUUUCCCCUUGUUUGUUCAAGCUUCUAAACAUGGUCAUCCUGAAGCUGCUUAUCGGGCUGGUGUAUGCUAUGAAUAUGGUUGGGGUUGUCGUAAAGAUAGUGGUAAAGCUCUACAAUUUUUAAGGAAAUCAGCAACAGCAAGUCAUCCUGGUGCUAUGUAUCGUUUAGGUAUUGCUGAGCUAAAGGGUGAACUUGGCUUAUCAAAAAAUCCUAGAGAUGGUGUAAAGUGGCUCAAAAGAUCAGUUGAAUCAGCAAAUGAAGAAUUUCCACAUGCUUUACACGAAUUGUCUGAACUUCAUGAGAAAGGUGUUGAAAACAUUGUAUUUGUAGAUUUGGAAUAUUCUGUUCGAUUGUUAAUACAGGCUGCAGAUUUAGGCUAUGCACCAUCUGCGUUUAAAUUAGGUGAAUGUUACGAGUACGGAAAGAUGGGCUGUCCGCAAGAUGCCGCUCUCUCAAUUCACUACUACACGGUUGCUGCUCAACAAGAUCACCCUGAGGCUUGUUUUGCAUUAACAGCUUGGUAUCUUGUUGGAAGUCCUGGAGUGUUACCGCAAAGUGACACAGAAGCAUAUUUAUGGGCUAAACGUGCAGCUGAAAAAGAAUUGGCAAAAGCUGAAUAUGCUAUAGGGUAUUUCACUGAGGUCGGUAUUGGGAUUCAAAAGGAUCAAUUAGAAUCUAAUGUUUGGUAUCGUCGUGCUGCUGAACAUGGCGAUAAAAGAGCUCAACAAAGAUUAAGGGGUGUACCAAUUGAUGAUAAACUAUAUCGUCAAAAUGCUAAAAAAACAAAUGAUCCUGAACUUCAGUUUGAAUUUGCUGCUUUUAUGAUAGAAGCUUCAAGAGCUAUGAACGAAGACCCUAAAAAAAAAGCCGAGUUAUGCAAAGAAGGAAUGUCUAUACUAAAAAAACUUUCGGAUAGAGGUCAUGCAAACUCUCAAUAUUACCUGGCUGAUUGUUACGCAAGCGCGAUCAAUACACCAAAAAACAAACCUGACUACGACAGAGCUUUUCCCUUGUUUGUUCAAGCUUCUAAACAUGGUCACGCUGAAGCUGCUUAUCGGGCUGGUACAUGUUAUGAAUAUGGUUGGGGUUGUCGUAAAGAUAAUGGUAAAGCAUUACAAUUUUUAAGGAAAUCUGCAAUAUCAAAUCAUCCUGGUGCUAUGUAUCGUUUAGGUAUUGCUGAGCUAAAGGGUGAACUUGGCUUAUCAAAAAAUCCUAGAGAUGGUGUAAAGUGGCUCAAAAGAUCAGUUGAAUCAGCAAAUGAAGAAUUUCCACAUGCUUUACACGAAUUGUCUGAACUUCAUGAGAAAGGUGUUGAAAACAUUGUAUUUGUAGAUUUGGAAUAUUCUGUUCGAUUGUUAAUACAGGCUGCAGAUUUAGGCUAUGCACCAUCUGCGUUUAAAUUAGGUGAAUGUUACGAGUACGGAAAGAUGGGCUGUCCGCAAGAUGCCGCUCUCUCAAUUCACUACUACACGGUUGCUGCUCAACAAGAUCACCCUGAGGCUUGUUUUGCAUUAACAGCUUGGUAUCUUGUUGGAAGUCCUGGUGUGUUACCACAAAGUGACACAGAAGCAUAUUUAUGGGCUAAACGUGCAGCUGAAAAAGAAUUGGCAAAAGCUGAAUAUGCUAUAGGGUAUUUCACUGAGGUCGGUAUUGGGAUUCAAAAGGAUCAAUUAGAAUCUAAUGUUUGGUAUCGUCGUGCUGCUGAACAUGGCGAUAAAAGAGCUCAACAAAGAUUAAGGGGUGUACCAAUUGAUGAUAUAAACAGUAAUAAAAGUAGCCAUUCUAGAUUGUAA